CAAGGGGGGCGGUCACACACACGCGGACCGCGCGAGCUAGCGAGCGAGCGAGAUCCCCCUCUCGCGCUGCUGGAUCCGAUCUGACCUGACCUUACCUCGUCGCCGCCAGCCGUGAGAGAGAGAAGAGGAAGAGGAGGAGGAGGCGGAGAUGGCACCGGUGUCGGCGCUCGCCAAGUACAAGCUCGUCUUCCUGGGGGACCAGUCCGUCGGCAAGACCAGCAUCAUCACCCGCUUCAUGUACGAUAAGUUCGACAACACUUACCAGGCUACAAUUGGUAUUGAUUUCCUGUCAAAGACAAUGUACCUUGAAGAUAGAACUGUGAGACUCCAACUCUGGGAUACAGCUGGUCAGGAAAGGUUCAGGAGUUUAAUUCCAAGCUAUAUCAGAGACUCUUCAGUUGCUGUCAUUGUAUUCGAUGUUGCAAGCAGGCAGUCUUUCUUAAAUACAUCCAAGUGGAUAGAUGAAGUUCGCACUGAGAGGGGCAGUGAUGUUAUCAUUGUGCUUGUUGGGAACAAAACUGACCUUGUUGACAAGAGGCAAGUCUCGAUAGAGGAAGGAGAAGGCAAGGCAAAGGACCUUGGUGUCAUGUUUAUUGAAACCAGUGCUAAAGCUGGGUUUAACAUUAAGGCGCUGUUCCGUAAAAUUGCUGCUGCCCUUCCUGGUAUGGAGACACUCUCAUCAGCGAAGCAGGAAGACAUGGUUGAUGUGAACUUGAGGUCUGGCAAUGCAAACUCGUCCCAGUCUCAGGCUCAGGCUGGGGGAUGCAGUUGUUAGUUGCAGUCUCUGACACUUGCUGCUCAUGAUCUCUGAGACCCUGAGCAUCAGAACGCGUUACCACUGAUGCUUCUCUCGGGAAGGAGAGUUGAUCGGCAUUGAACACGCACACGCUAUAGUUUUUACCCGGUGAAUGGACCAUUUGCAUUGGAACGAUACGUUUGAGUUCUCUAGUGUUAUUUCCAGUGGCCUAAGCUAGCAACAGUGUAUAGUUGGGUUGGCACUGCAAACUUCUACCGUUCGAGUUGGGUAUUAGAGCUAGUUAUUGGUUCAUGUUGAACUUAUAUUAUUUUCUAUCUUGCUGCAGUUAUGUUUGCUAUGUGUACCAAACAUGUAUUGGAAUUUUUGUAAGCUAUAAUAUGGCCAGCACAGCAGUAGCCUCACAUGAUACCCCUUGAAUCUGUAUCGUUC